CUUUAUAUCACGUGAUCGGAUGACGUUUUCAUAUAAAGUAUUCGAUCGUCCCGUCGUCCUCUACGGAAGGGGAGAAGUCGAGAUGGGAAAUAAUACUAGUACCAAACGCAUUACGUUAGUUAACGACUCCGGUAAUAUCAUUCAAGUUUCCGAUGCCGUAGUGAGACGUUUAAAAGGAGGUGACGAUAGAAAGGAUCAUAAGGCGACAGAAUCGGACGAUACCUUUCCACCCGUAAUAGUCGAACAUCAGACUGCCCAAAACCGAGAACAUUUAUGCGAGGAAGACUCCCGGUUAAGCAAAGAACAUUCCAAUCGGGCUGCAGAAGUUAAUUCUGGAAACGUAACAUUUCAAGAAUUGGAAAAUGAAAACAUACAUUUGUUACAGCUGCUGACAGAAAAGCUGGAUAAAUCCAUAGAUGAUGUGGAGAAAAAAUAUUUCAACAGACCAUCGCUAGAUGUCUGCCAGGAAAUGCAAGAUAAAGUUUUAAAUUGUUAUGAAAAUAAUUCUGCCAAUACGUUGAAUUGUCAUAAAGAAGUAGCGCAGUUUCAGAGAUGUGUGGAUGGAGUGAGAUUUAGAGUGUUAGUGAACAAACAGUGAUGCCCUUUUAAUAAUAGUUCAAUCAAGUUUAAAAAUAUAGAUGUAAGACUGUAGAUUCUUAUACAGUUGGUUAAUAAAAAACGGUUUGCGUUUUGA